UCCUGUCUGCGCUGUCAAUGAUGCGGAAGAUCAAUGAGAAGGGAAAAAAACAAAAAGCAAAUAUAUUAACGAACAUCAAGUGAAACCGAUGUGGGGCUCUGAACUAGAAAAGACGGAAUUGGGAGAAAGACGAUUUAGGAAGUCAGCGGUGUAACUUAUCGAUACGGAAAAUGGAGCUUAAGAAGAAACAAUUUACAGUAACCAGUUAGUUUACGCUAGCCGGUAGAUGAAAUCGGGGCUGUAGUUGGUCAGGGCAGGAACGACAUCAAUUUGUGUAAGGUUAGUGCACAACUAGUUCGAUACAACAACUCCUAAAAUACACGAAUUUGCCAAAGUUAGUUUGCUAAGAGAGUGCAGGUUUGUGCGAAGUCCUCGGUGGCUUGCUUGCAAGCUAGCUAGCAAGCAAGCUAGCUACACACACGGGGGGAAGAAAAGUUACAAAAAACGGAAACAAUGGAGAAUAAGGACAAGGUACAACUGAGGAACCACCCACGCAGACAGCUCAAGAAGCUGAGUGAAGACAGUUUGACCAAGCAGCCCGAAGAGGUGUUCGAUGUUCUCGAAAAGCUGGGUGAAGGGUCUUAUGGCAGCGUAUUUAAAGCCAACUAUAAAGAGACGGGAGAGAUUGUGGCCAUCAAGCAGGUGCCAGUGGAGUCAGACCUGCAGGAGAUCAUUAAAGAGAUCUCCAUCAUGCAGCAGUGUAACAGUCCGCACGUCGUGAGGUACUAUGGAAGCUACUUCAAGAACAGUGACUUAUGGAUAGUGAUGGAGUACUGUGGUGCUGGCUCGGUCUCGGACAUCAUUCGGCUGAGGAAUAAAACGUUAACAGAGGACGAGAUCGCCACGAUAUUGCAGUCCACCCUGAAGGGGCUGGAGUACCUGCACUUCAUGAGGAAGAUCCACAGGGACAUCAAGGCCGGGAACAUCCUCCUCAACGCGGAGGGGCAGGCCAAGCUGGCUGACUUCGGUGUGGCGGGACAGUUAACGGACACCAUGGCUAAGCGGAACACGGUGAUCGGAACUCCCUUCUGGAUGGCUCCGGAGGUGAUCCAGGAGAUUGGCUACAACUGCGUGGCGGACAUCUGGUCCUUGGGCAUUACGGCCAUCGAGAUGGCGGAGGGCAAGCCCCCCUAUGCAGACAUCCAUCCAAUGAGAGCCAUAUUUAUGAUCCCCACCAACCCUCCUCCAACAUUCCGAAACCCGGACGCGUGGUCUGAGCCAUUCAGGGACUUUGUCGUGCAGUGCCUGGUGAAGAACCCAGAAAACAGAGCCGCGGCCACACAGCUGCUCCAGCACCCCUUCAUUAAGAACGCCAAGCCCAGCAGCAUCCUGAGAGCGUUGAUCAAUGACGCCAUGGAGAUCAAGCUGAAGAAGAUGGAAGCCCAGCAAAGGGAGCAGGACCAGGAGGAUGACGAGAACUCGGACGAUGACGAGGUGGACCAGGGCACCAUGGUGAGGGCCGGCUCCUCAGACUCGGGGACCAUACGGGCGGCGGGCUCACUUGGGGACACGGCCCGCACGAUGAUCGAAAACGACGGCACCAUGGAGUCGCAGCUGGGCACCAUGGUCAUCAACUCGGACGACGAAGACGAGGGCGGCACCAUGAAACGGAGAGAAGAGACCAUGCAGCCAGCCAAGCCCUCCUUCCUGGAGUACUUUGAGCAGAAGGAAAAGGAGGCCAACAGCCACAGCGGGGUGUCUGAGCCGGACCAUGGUGGAGACAACCGCAAGCUGCCAGCAGAGUGUGACAUCGAAAUGAUGCGGACCUGGAGCGUCGAGGAGCUGAAGGUGAGGCUGGACUCCCUCGACCCCCAGAUGGAGCAGGAGAUCGAGGAGAUCCGCCAGCGCUACCAAGCCAAGCGCCAGCCCAUCCUGGACGCCAUUGAGGCCAAGAAACGGAGGCAGCCCAACUUCUGAGCAGCUGCUGGCCGGGCUACACUGAGCCCAGCGGGGUCCCCAACUCUCUACACUGGACAGAACGAGAGCCGACUCUGUUAUCCACGAAGCUGGACUUUCCAAUGCAGUUCUUAUCUCAGCUCCUUGUGAUAACCUGACACAGCAUCACGCUAUGCUGUGAACACGGACCACCAAA